AUGCAACAAAAAAUCGCUGCCGACGUGAAAACGUCAAAAGAACGGAAUGAACGAAAAGAAAAAGAAACGAUAAAGUCGAUCGAUGAAUCGGGUUUUCAUUUUAAAAAAGCUCCAUUUAGCGACGAUCCGGAGGCUGUGCAAGAGCGAGAAAAUUGUGAUUAUUCGAUAAAAAUUUCAGCAGAAUCCGGCGAAGCUCCACGAAAAGUGCGUGUGUACGCUGAUGGAAUAUACGAUUUGUUUCAUCAAGGCCAUGCCCGGCAGCUGAUGCAGGCCAAAAACCGAUUUUCUAACGUACAUCUAAUCGUAGGAGUUUGCAACGACGAGUUGACGCACUCCAAAAAAGGCCGGACCGUAAUGACGGAUGCGGAGAGGUACGAGGCGGUAAGGCACUGCCGAUACGUGGACGAAGUCGUUCGCAGUGCUCCCUGGAUCCUUAAUGAUGAGUUUAUAAAAAAACACAAGAUUGACUUCGUGGCCCACGACGAUGUCUACGAGACCGAAGGACAAGUCGAUUUUUAUGCAAAGCUAAAGGACAAGGGAAUGUUUCUCGAAACGCAGAGAACGCCGGGCGUUUCUACUUCGGAUAUCGUUAAAAGAAUAAUAAAAAACUACGACUUAUACGUCCGAAGAAAUUUGGCCAGAGGAUACAGCGCGAAAGAUUUGAAUCUAUCGCUGAUGCACAGAGCAUCGUUCAUCGCACAAGACGUUUUUUAUUGGCUAACCAAGGAUAUAUUGAUGGUUUUACUUAUAAUCGUAGCAAUUGUUUUGUAUGCGUCAUAUACUACCUUUCUUUAG